AAAAAAAUGAAAGCGACAAACAAACAUCUGAUACUCUGAUCUAGAUGAAAAUCUAGGAUAUUUUUUAAGACUCUGUUUGGUGAAAAUCUUGUAAGAAAAAUGGAUGAUGAUGAAUAUGAAUUAUGAACCAGCUCGUGGGUUUUGUGGGUUUCUGGUUGGCUGUCAAGACGAAGAACAACCAUAAAAAUAUCCAAUCAGAGAGCUUUCCCAAGAAAAAAUUUUUUCAUUUCACUCAGACAAAUUUCCUUAAAUUUUUUUUCUCAUUCAUCCCGAGUUCCUAUGUACGUACGACAAUCUGUACUAAUCCUCAGAUUCCCCCACUUGGGUACACAUAAACACACACAGUCACACAGUGACACACACUCAUAAUUCAGACAUUUUUUUUAUGAAUGAAUUAAUUUAAUCUUGGGUUGGUCCCCUGUUUUUUUCUUUCUGCAAGCUGUUGCAGGCCUUGUCCCUUUUAAAAGUUUCAAUUUUUUUCGAUUUUUUUUUUCAUUUUCAAAAUCUGGAUUUUUUUUUUUUUUGCAAUUUUCCCAUUUGUUUGAUUGUUCCCUUUUUCUGUGUGGCUCUUCCCAAUUCCCUAUCACACAAAAUAUAUACAAGUGUAAAGAGGGAAAGAGAAUACUAAUUUAAGUGGUUUUACAGCUCGUGAAUGACUGAUAAGAUAGGGAGGGAAAAAAGAACACAAAAACAAAGGAGAAAAGGAAGUGUGUUUUUGUCAUGAUAUGCCCAGAUGAAUGUGAGAGAGAAGAAGAAGAAGAAAGAAGAAAGGCAAAGUUAGUCCACAGGAUUGAGAAAUCUUUCUUCCAUCUUUGCCUAGUUGUCUAUGAGUUGGUGAGAAAAGGUUGUCCCUUUUUAAUGAACUAACCCAAAGGGCCUCUUCUUCUGUUCUCUUCUGGUUUUAUUGCCCUUUCACCAAAAACCCCAAAAAAAAAAAAAAAAACUUUUUCUUACUAAUUUUAAGCUUGAAAUCUUGGGGGUUUUUUUUUCUUAUUUUUUCCACCACAAUAUAUUCCUUCCCCUCAGAUUUCUUUUUAUAGUAGGACUGUUUUCCAGGUAAUAUAUCCCCCCUACUUUCCACCGCUUUUCUCCAAUACCAAGGAGGCAACAAGAUAGUGUCAGUUAAUAGGAGAUAAUAGUGUUCCAAGAAUCUCUCUGCAAUUAAUCUGAACAAGUCUUAACUAUAGAUAGUUGUAGUAAUGAAUGGUGUGGUUGACCCUGAAUUUGAUCAUUUUGAUCAUUCUGGUUUUGUUGAAGUUGAUCCUACCGGAAGAUAUGGAAGGUAUGAUGAGAUUCUUGGCAAGGGAGCUUCAAAGACAGUGUAUGCAUCUUCUUCUUGAGUUCCAUUUCUGCAAAAAAACUUCAUCUUUCUGCUAUUUGAAUCAGACAGUUUGAAGAUAUAUAAUCUUGUUUCUUUUGGGCAUUUCUGGGAUUAAAUUUGGUCUCUUUGUUUUGGGUUCUUUCUGGUUUUGUUGCAGUUAUAGAGCAUUUGAUGAGUAUGAAGGCAUUGAAGUUGCUUGGAACCAGGUGAAGCUCACUGAUUUUUUGCAGAAUCCUGAUGAUCUUGAGAGAUUAUACUGUGAAAUUCAUUUGCUCAAAACGUUGAAACACAAGAAUAUCAUGAAGUUUUAUGCCUCUUGGGUAGACACUGCCAAUAGGAAUAUAAACUUUGUGACUGAGAUGUUUACAUCUGGCACGCUAAGGCAGUAAGUACUAAAGCAUAACUCAUGUUUCUUAUCCGUUUCUUGACUUCAAUUCUGCCAUGUCGCACAAAUUUUGAUGUUCUUAUAUGGAAUUAUAUCCGUUUUGUUGGAUUUCCUGAUAGGUAUCGUCUGAAACAUAAAAAAGUUAACAUCAGAGCUGUAAAGCAUUGGUGCAGGCAAAUUUUGAAAGGCCUUCUUUAUCUUCACAGCCAUGACCCUCCUGUCAUCCAUAGAGAUCUCAAGUGUGACAACAUUUUUGUCAAUGGCAACCAGGGCCAAGUGAAAAUUGGUGAUCUUGGCCUUGCUGCAUUUCUUCGCAAAUCGCACGCUGCUCGUUGUGUAGGAACACCCGAGUUCAUGGCUCCUGAAGUCUAUGCAGAAGAAUACAAUGAAUUAGUUGACAUUUAUGCAUUUGGAAUGUGCGUUUUGGAGAUGGUUACUUUUGAAUAUCCAUAUAGUGAAUGCACACAUCCUGCUCAAAUCUACAAGAAAGUGGUCUCUGGUCAAAAACCAGAUGCUCUCUACAAAGUAACCGAUCCUGAGGUGCGUCGAUUUGUUGAGAAGUGUUUAGCAACAGUGGCGGACAGGUUAUCAGCUAGAGAGCUUCUUGAUGACCCCUUUCUUCAAACUGAUGAUUAUGUAGAUGAUUUUGGAUCGGUAGAUUACUACAAAGAUUAUUAUCAAGUCAGCCCUUUUCUGCAACAACCAAUGUUGCAAGUAAAUCAUUGUAGUAGUCCAGUUAUCAAUGGCUACUCAUGUUACCUUGAUCAAAAUCAUGGAGAUGACUUUGAUUGUUAUCAAAUUGACUAUGGUACGAAUGGGAUUGAUUUAUUCACCAGUUGCGAUGAUGAACUCUCAGAAACAGUUGAUAUAUCAAUCAAAGGGAGAAGGAGAGAAGAUGAUGGUAUCUUUCUAAGACUCAGAAUCGCUGACAAAGAAGGCCGUGUAAGGAAUAUUUACUUCCCUUUCGACAUAGAAACUGACACGGCUAUAAGCGUCGCAAUGGAAAUGAUCUCUGAGCUGGAUCUUAAUGACCAAGACGUCUCUAAGAUAGCAGAAAUGAUCGAUGGAGAGAUAGCAAACUUAGUACCCGGAUGGGAGAGGGGGAUUUUCACUCAAGAGGAUCCCAAUGCUGCAAAUAACGGGUGUUGUCAAAGUUGUGCUUCAAAUGGUUCUCUCCUGAAUUAUCUAUCCUCAAAUGGACCUGGUGCCAAGAAUGUACAGGUUCUUUGUUCUAGGCAUAAAACUGGUGAGGUACAUGGCAGGUUUGAAGAGAUUACUUAUCAGUUUGAAGGGUCUGAACAAUGUGUCACAGAAAAUGCUCCUCAAGCAUCAAGUCAAUCUGGUGUUCUGCAUUAUACUGACAUAUGGGCGCAACAUGAAGUACCCGAUGUAACCUCACAACAUUCUACCACAAACAAUGAAUGUAAUGAAGAAGUUGAUCAAUUAGGCCAAUCAACUUUAAAAGGUGAUAAUACAAGCGAAAAGAUUCAUGUUGAGGGAAGGUGCAGGGCUCCCAAGAAAACAGAUUCCCCUGGAGUAAUUAGUUCUUCAAGUCGAUCAGCAAUGGAUGACUUUGAGAAUGAGAUAAGACAGGAGCUAAGAUGGCUGAAGGCUAGAUAUCAGAUGCAACUGAGAGAACUUGAAGUUGGCGUGGUAUCAAAACCUUCAAUUUUGGUCGACAACCAAGAAGAAAACAGAAAGCAUGAUUCGACACCACAAAGUAACCGGCUUGAUGAAGCCAGACAUCCGUCGCUUGUUUUUGAGAAGCAUUUUGCCCUGCAUUCGCCGGUUGAAAAAGAGAAGAAAAGCGCAAACCAGAUGACCUACAAUAGUUGUAGUCCUGAGCAUAUGGUCACAGCCAAUAGUUACUAUAGAGGAUCUUUGCUUCCACACGCCAUUCACCGGGCAACUUCUCUUCCUGUUGAUGCAAUUGAUGUCUAAGUAACUAGCCAGAGAUUAGCUUGGUAAUCGGACAAAAAGGUCAUGAGAAAGUAUAACUUCCACAGAUAGGGCAAUGUACAUUAUCAGUUUAACAUUCCAAUACAUAGUUAACUUUUCUUUACUCCCUUGAAGAAGGGGAUAAUAAAUUAUCUCUCUCGGAUUAUUCUCUCCGUCCCAUUUUAAUAGUCAUCAGUCUUGCA